CUGAAACAUCUGUGGGGGCACAAAGUCCUGAACUGAGCUCAUUUAAUCUGAAUGGCAAGAGAUGAACGCGUCGGGGGCCUCAGUAACCUACCUGUGGGUCUGCGUAGCUCUUUGUGCAGUCACAGGGAGAUCUGAAGUGUUCUAUAAGAAAAGUGGAGACGGGGUGAGUAUGGACUGUACUGAUGCUGAUGGCGGCAAAGAUAUCGAGUGGAAACACGGCAAAGACUUAAUUGGAAAAAUAACGGGAAGAACUGGAUUAUUGUCUAAAGGGAGCACGGAUCUUGCACGGAAGGCAAAGAUAAAUGGAAUUAUGCUGUACAUUUCUUCAGUGCAGGCCAGUCACUCUGGGACCUACACGUGCAUUGGACAUGAUGCGACAAAGAAGAAAGUCACAGUGCAUCACUCGCUGCAUGUCAUGUCAGUCUCUGUCAGUCCUUCAGACACAGUGCUGAGCUCCACUGAUGUGACCCUGAGGUGUGAUGUUGGUGGAGAAUCAAAAGCGCAGGUUCAGUGGAUCAAGUCUCCAGAUGUUAAACCUUAUGGAAGCCCCGUAACCCUGAAAUCUGUGACCUUAGCUGAUGGCGGCCAGUGGACCUGUGUGGUCAAAGAAAAGGGGAAAGUGCUGGGGGCCGUCGAAAAGACCCUCAGUGUUACAGGUCCUCUAGUAUCCCCUACUGAAGUUACAGCUACUCCAGGAGGUGAUGCAGAGCUACCAUGUUCUCUCCCUAGUCCGAGCGGUCUGCAUAUAAUGUCAGGGGGGUGGACAAGUAACUACCCCUCCGACCUCCAGUUCCCAGGCUUAGCCAGAGAUGCCAGUGGCCUACGCUGGAAUGGGACUAAGUUGAGGUUCGCAUUCAGUGACGAACAACUCUCCACCAACUUCACUGUGACACUGAGAAAUGUGCAGCUUUCUGACGCUGGUGAGUAUUUCUGCAAUCUGACGUUUAAGGACGGAAAGAGCCUGAGAACUAAGCUGAAUCUGAAGGUUGGGAAAGGAAAGGUCAUUGUUGCUCCUGGUAUUCAGGAGAUUACAGCUCCACUAGGGGGUACUGCAGACCUGCCAUGUACUCACUCUGGUUCCAGCAGUCCACGGAUAGUCGAAGGUCAGUGGGUACGUGUUCCCCCCGCUGACUUCCGGCUCCCCAUGUUAAUGAUCUCUGGGGCGGAGGGUCUGCAGUGGAAUGGUACAGAUGUGCUCAAGGCUAAAGUUACAACCAGUGACCAACAACCCAGCAAGUUUAACAUCGAAGUAAAAAAUGUGGAGCAUGGUGAUGCUGGUAUGUACAUCUGCACUCUCAUGUUUGAGGAUGGAAAGAAUUGGAAUACCACAGUAAUGCUGAAGGUUGAAGAGGGUGCUAUUGUUGCUCCAGAUGCACGACCCUCAGACAGUAUACAGUUCUGGCAGAAGCCUGUGCUGUUGGGUUUGGCGUUGUGGAUCUGGAUCGCCGUAGCAACAGGUUCCCUCCUUCUGAUCGUUCUGGUAGUGGUCAUUGCUUCAGUCCAGUGCAGGAAACAGAGAAAGAGGAAAGCAGAGAAAAACAAAGUUAAGACAGAAAGCGCUUACAUUCGGGAGUCCGUGCCAAUGCAGGAGGAGUUCCCAAAGAAAAAGAGUGAAAGACGGCCUCGUCCAGGAAUGAAGGAGAGGCCACUUCCUCCAGUUCCCAGACAUCAAUACAAAGCCAUGAACAGACAAUGAGAUAAUAUCAUGCAUUUCUUUAUUAUUAUUAUAGAAAGGAUCAUUGAGCAAAUGCUGAUUAGCAUUUCUAACUUCUUAUUCACUUGAUUACACACGCAUUUCUCCUUCAUACAUCACCAACAGUGUGAUGGUGACAGUCAUCUGCAGCUGUGAAUUCACCUUCCUCUUAAAAUUCAAGUUACAGUGAGUGGGUUUACAUGCAGUCAGAAAUCCAAUUAUAAUUGGACUUCAGCAGUGGACUUCAAUUAUUGUUGUUAUUCAAUGGUCAUGUAAACAGAAUACAUUAGCCACGUUUACAUGCAGCCUAAUAAUCUGUUAGUAAUCUGACUAAUAGCU